AUACCGGUGAAAGCACCUGCUAGCCAAUGAAAUCCCCGUUUGCUUAAUUAUCUUACAAAAAUCUUGCAAGUCAACGUUUCUGAUUGGUCAAAAUCAAUGAAAGUAAAUUUAGAUUUGUUGAGGAUCUCCGGAAUAAAUCUAAUGCAGAGUUUACCAGUUGCUAGAGAAACAGAUUUAUUCACCUUCUGAUCAAUCACCAGUACCGACCAUGGGACUGUCAUCGUUCAUUGAUGAUUAUGAUGAAGUUUGGAAGAUUAAAAUGGGAGACAUAAGAACCCAAGAUUGGUUCAUGAUGACAUCACCUAUACCUACCAUUUUUAUCAUCAUGGGUUAUCUGCUUUUUGUACAUAAGGGACUUCGAUGGAUGAAAAAACGAGAGGCUUAUGAUUUAAAAAGAGUUCUACAAGUUUACAACUUUUGCUUGAUAUUGGUGAAUGCCUAUAUUUGUUAUGAGUUUUUUGUAUCAGCAUGGACGAAUCCCAAAGUAGAUAAAUUUUGUGCACCUGUUGACAAGUCUAAUGAUCCUCUCUCUCUUAGGUUGGCCAAUGCAGUAUGGUGGUUUUACUUCUCAAAGAUCAUUGAGUUAAUGGAUACUGUUUUCUUCAUAUUGAGAAAGAAGAAUACCCAGGUUACCUUUCUCCAUGUUUAUCAUCACUCUACCAUGCCAGCUAUUUGGUGGAUUGGAGUUUUCUUUGCACCUGGUGGAGAAGCUUACCUGUGUGCCAGUAUCAACAGUUUUAUCCACAUUCUGAUGUACAGUUACUAUUUCCUGUCAUCGCUAGGACCACACAUGCAGAAAUAUCUCUGGUGGAAGAAAUACAUGACCACUCUUCAACUGGUACAAUUCUGGUGGAUAAUGUUCCAUACAAUCUAUGCUAUUCAUCUAAACUGUGGCUUCCCAAACAAGUUCAAUUGGGCCUUGGUGGUGUACGAUUUAUCACAUAUCGUACUGUUUACAAACUUUUACUACCAGACCUACACUAAGAAGGAAAGAAGACUCAAGUUAGAACAACAGAUGCUGGCCAAAGUGGAGGAGAUCAAGGGCAAUAAAAUAAACUAAAGAGUUGAUUAAAAGUUUGAAUUGAAAAGAUCACUAACAAAGGAGUAUGUUCAGUAAGGGCCAUAUUUGGAUCCAAAUAUUAAGUCUAUUGAUACAAAAUUAAAAAUAUUUCAAGUGGAUGAAAAUACAUGUUAAAAUGUUAAAUAGAACUAUUUUUGGUCAUGCUUUAUGUGUAAAGUAUUGAAAAGAAAACUCCAAGUAGACUAAAAGUAGAGAUUUUUAAGAAGUUGACAACAUUGGCUGGAUUUUAACUAAAAUCAUGUAUAGGAUACAUGGAAUACUGCAUUUGGCACAUAAAAUGCUCAAAUCAGAGUUGUACAUGAAUAUAUUAACUUAUUUUCAAAAUAUCAUUUUUGUUGACGUAUGUGCUGUAUGUUUCACUUCUUAAAAACCAACCUGUUGUUUUCAUUGAAUUUUUUAAAAUCUGAAAUAUUGUGCUCUAAGUGACAUCAUGAUAAAAAAAAAAAACAUAUAGUAAAUUUUCAAAAAAGAGACCUAUUUCCUAUGUAUAUUUUGUUAUUAGAAUGAUAUAUUAUUAUAAUGGUCAAUAAAUUCUUCUAUUUGAAAUUUAAGCUAAAAAUAGGGGCCAUAUUGGGGCCAUAACAAAUCUACUCCUUAAGUAUAACAAUUAAACAAGUAAUAAAUUGUAUCACACUAUAUUAUUUUUACAUCAUUUGAAAAUUACAUACAUGCCAAUAGAUAUGAAGGAAUUAAUGUGCUAUUUGAUCUCUAGUUUAAUAUUUAUCAUAUUCUAUACGUUGAUUAUUCCUUUUUGAAUAGGAUUAUAAAAAAAAAUAAUCAAUGAACAAUAAAAUCUGUUAGUCUUAUGUGACCAUCUGAAGGAUGUUUAUAAGUAGGUUUAUCAGAUUUUUUUGGAUUUGUAUUAAAACAGCUAAAAUAGUGGCUUGAUCAAACUCCCUCCUUUGUCUUUCGUAAUAUCCUGCUAUAUCAUUUAUAACAUUGCACUUAACAUUUUCAAUUAAAUCAUUAGAGAAAUAGAUUCUACCACUUCACCUUGGUGAUAAUAAUAUUUAUUUAAUCAUGAUAAUCAUAUUUUUAAAUUUUAACUAUCAAGCAUGGAUAAGUCUCAUUAUUAAUUCUGCGGCGUAGUAGAAUUUAUAUUUAUCAUGUUACAUGUAUUACUUAAUGUGAUUUGUACUGUGCUAUUUAAAUAGUUGUUUUGUUAAAAUUAUUUUUCUUUGUUUAAUUAUGUUGCAUUCAGUCUGUACCA